GGAAAGAUGGCUCAUCCCCGAAUAUCAAAGUACCUGCCCCCUAAUAUCGAUCCCACUAAGGCUACCAUUGCCUAUGGCCAUCGUGCCCUUCCCAAGUUGAAUGAGGAGCUACAAUCCGAGGAUCUGAAGACGAAGCAUAAAGCUCUCAUGGCUCUCUCUGACCUUGUGCACGAUCCCGAGAAUGUAUUUAUGGCUAUCAGAAUAGGUUUCCUGGAUAGUCUGAAAAAAUUGCUGUAUGAUGUUGAUGACUUUGUACGGAUAAAGACCACUGAAGUGCUCUACAUCAUGGCAGGACAUAACAUGGGCAGAGAGAGUAUUUUGGAUCAAGAUGUCAUCAUUUCCCUUUCCUUCCUGCUGGAUGACACAAACCCCAUCUGCCGGAAGAACCUGUUCCUGGUGUUCAAGCACUUGGCCAAUCUUCCUUCAGGGGCUCACAGUAUAGUCAACAGUGGCCUCAUUCCCUCGAUGGUUUGGAAGCUGCAGAAGGAGCAAGAGUUCAACCAGGUCCUGCUCCUGGACGUGCUGGCAUCCUGCCUGAUGGAGGAUGCCACUUCAGCACUGAACACCAAUGUGGUGCUCUUACUAAAGGAGAAGCUCACCAGUCCCAACGAUGAGAUCCGCAUGAAAGCUGCCCACACACUGACUGCCAUCAGCAUACCUCUGGAGGGUAAAAAGCAGAUAUGUCAAUUCAAUGUCAUACCUAUCCUGGUGGAGCUACUGAAUGACAAAGUGAAGGAAGUACAGGCCAAUGCUGCUGGGGUGCUCAUGUUUGCCACAGUGAUCACUGAAGGUAAGUAUGCAGCCCUGGAAUCAGAUGCCAUUCCCCUACUGCUAAACUUGCUGGAAUCACCAUUGUCCAAGGCACGCCUAAAUGCAGUCAAGACUCUCACCAUGCUGGCUGAGGCCCCUGAGGGCCGGAAGAUCCUGCGGUCCCAUGUGGCCUUAUUCCGGUCCUUGGAGGGAGAUAAUAGUGUCGCUGUGAAGCAAGCAGCCAAGAUUGCCAUCAAAGUCAUAGAGUGGAAACCAUAA